GCUGCCGCCCCCCGUCGUUGAAUUUUCUAUUUUUUCAGUGUGCAUUUCAGCUUGGCUCUCUCUUAAACGAUAACCCACCACUUUGUCUGGGAAAGGGUCGUUUUUAACUGGACUUCAAAAGCCGCGUUAAAACUUAAACUAAGUGAUGUUUCGGUGCGUAAAGGAGGGGCGCACGCUUAAGUGAGCGAACGCCAGUGGAGGAAAUUGCGCCUAAGAUGUCAACAUUGCUUUGCCACCCACUCGAAAUCGAUUGUAGUACCUUCAAGAAGGUGGCUCCUCGUAUAAAUAGGGACGCAUUAUUUCGAGAAAGACGGUGGUGAGGCGCAAUCCGGUGGGUGCUCUUUCUCUCUCUCUUCCUCUCGGAACUAUACAGACAACGCCUGGAAGAAUUUACCAACAAUAUCCGUGUCCACUAUCCAGGACAUAAACAUCUUUAACGCCUGAACUAACAGUGAAGUCAUGCAGGUGGAGAGGAAAUGGCACAUACUGUUGACUAUCUUCUUUCUGCUCAUCACCUCGGGCCAGUGCAUGGACAGCAAGGACGUCAAGCAGAAAGAGAGAAGGACCCUGUUGGAUCUAAUCUUGCAGGUUAUCAGAGACAGCCAGCAGCGGGACAAACCCAUCUCCCGGCGCUGCAGCAGUGGACUCCUCACCUCAGCCCAAGACAUGAAGUUCUCCUCCCGUGAAAAGCCUUUCUAUGUUCCAAGGCUGGAUAACAGUAGACUCAUAGAAAUAGUUCCUAGAGAUGUAAACAUGAAGGGCAAAUUCAUUCAGCAUUUCACAGCAGGACCAGUCAAGUUCUCAUCGGAGUGCAGAACACACUUUCAUAGACUUUAUCACAACACAAGGGACUGCUCGCGACCAGCAUGUACGUAUGCCUUUUAA